AUGACACUGUGCUGCAAAAUGUUCGCUCAUCCCCCUCCCUUUGCUUUCGUGCCUGUUGCUCAUCUUGCUUUUGGAAAUGUCAAAAGCAAAGCAAGGGGAAUCGGGGCACCCGCUGCGAGACCUCGCCUGACCUUCCUCGCAUCCCUCCUCCUCCCUCUCCCAUCGCCUCUUUACAUCUCCUACCUGACGGUCAGCAUCGAGCCGCUGCCGCCCGUGGUGGUGGGAGAUGCCGUCACCCUGAAAUGCAACUUCAAGACAGAUGGGAAGAUGCGGGAGAUUGUCUGGUACCGGGUCACCGACGGUGGCACCAUCAAGCAGAAGAUCUUCACCUUCGAUGCCAUGUUCUCCACCAAUUUCCUCCCCGAGGUUCGCAUUUCAGACAACGGUCCCUACGAGUGUCACGUGGGGAUUUAUGACCGAGCCACGCGGGAGAAAGUGGUCCUGGCCUCCGGGAACAUAUUCCUCAAUGUGAUGGCUCCUCCGACGUCCAUCUCGGUGCUCGCUGCCGACACACCAGCACCCUUCAGCCGCUACCAGGCGCAGAACUUCACCCUGGUGUGUGUGGUCUCCGGUGGCAAGCCCGCCCCACUGGUGUACUUCAAGCGGGACGGGGAACCCAUUGAGGCCACCCCGCUGCCAGAGCUGCCGGCCAGUGCCGGGAGCUGGGCACCCCGUAACCUCCUUCACCGCGACCUGGAUGACACCAAGGUGCCGAAAUCGCUGGCGGCCGACGGGGAGAUGGGAGGCGGGCGACCCCUGGCCACGGCGGACCCCCCCCGGGGGCUGGCAGCCGAGCGGGGUCCUGUCACCGAAACUAUCCCCGAAACAGUGGUGAGCCGGGAGUUCCCGCGAUGGGUGCACGUGGCGGAGCCCAUCUACUAUUUCCGCCACACGCACGCGCCCGUCAGCGAUGGGACGGUGGAGGCGCGGGCCACCCUCACCUGGACCCUGAACCCGCAAAUCGACAACGAGGCGCUCUUCAGCUGCGAGGUGAAGCACCCGGCGCUCUCCAUGCCCAUGCAGUCCGAGGUGACGCUCGUUGCUCCCAAGGGCCCGAAGAUCACGAUGACACCGACAAGAGCCCGUGUUGGAGAUACCGUGCGGAUCUUGGUGCAGGGCUUCCAGAAUGAAGUCUUCCCCGAGCCCCUCUUCACCUGGACCCGGGUGGGGAGCCGGCUCCUCGACGGCAGCGCUGAACAUGACGGAAAGGAGCUGGUGCUGGAGAGGGUGCCAGCCGAGCUCAACGGCUCCAUGUACCGCUGCACCGCCCAGAACCCCCUGGGCUCCACCGACACCCACACCCGGCUCAUCGUUUUCGAAAACCCAAAUAUUCCCAGAGGAACAGAGGACUCCAACGGUUCACUUACUGGCCGCUGUGGCUUCAGACUAGUUUUGGCACUCACCCUAACAGUGAUCCUGGAGCUAACGUGAAGCUUCGCCUGCCUCUUCCUCCUCCUCUUCCUCUGUACGGCUCCACCUGGCAUUUACACCUCUGUCAAUCGGUUCUCUCGCUCUCUCUUUUUUUUUUUUUUUCUAUACUAUUUACAGUCUCGGUCUCUUUCUGUCUGUGUCUUGGCUUCCUCAGACAAUUUAAUUAAAAGGAAAAAGAAAAAUCUCCCCGGUAGAAGGCUG